AUGUUGCAACAUCCCUGUGGUUCACAUGGUAGCCAUGAAGUCCUGAAUCUCCCAAGAUAUGAAGGCCUCCACAUAAGCAACUGUUGCCAGCAGCAGCAGCAGACUCUAAAAAAGGAAAAAAAGGGUUGCGAUCAGAGCAAGGAGGAGAGAGAAAAUGGAGUCUGCCACAUAGGACCCGGGGAUACUGGCUGGAGGACCAGGGGAAAGAGUGGGAGAACAACCUAUGAUGAAUGGCAGAAACGGUGGGUUCAGUCUAGACACAGAACUGAUUAUGGUAAAUUUCGGAUAGGAUCAGGAAGAUUUUAUGGAGAUAGAGAAAAAGAUAAAGGUCUGCAGACAACAGAAGAUACUAAAUAUUAUGCUGUGUCAGCAAGGUUUCGGCCCUUCAACAAUGAAGGCCAGACCUUAGUGGUGCAGUACACAGUAAAAUACGACCAACACGUUGAUUGUGGUGGUGCCUACAUUAAACUUUUUCCUGAAGACAUUAAUCAAGAGACUAUGAAUGAAGAUUCAAAGUACUAUAUUAUGUUUGGUCCCGAUAUAUGCGGAAAAUACAAAAAAAUAGUGCAAGUUAUCUUCAACUAUAAAGAUGAGUACUACAUGACUAAAAAAAACAUCACAUGUGAGACCGACGAUUUUACCCAUCUCUACACUCUAAUAGUACGCCCAGAUUUAACAUAUGAAGUGAAGAUUGAUAAUUACGUGACUGAGGCUGGCCACCUAGAAGAUGACUGGGAUUUCCUGCUUCCAAGGAAGAUACUAGAUCCUGAUAUGCCAAAACCUGAUGACUGGGAUGAAAGGGAAAUUAUUGAAGAUCCUGAAGACAAGAAGCCAGAUGAUUGGGACCAGCCAGAAAGAAUUCCUGAUCCAAAUGUGACAAAGCCAGAAGACUGGGAUGAAGAUAUGGAUGGGGAGUGGGCACCACCUUUGAUUUCAAACCCUGCGUAUAAAGGUGUUUGGAAACCUCGUAUAAUUAAAAACCCCAACUAUAAUGGCAAAUGGUUCCAGCCAGAAGUUGACAAUCCAGACUAUGUACCAGAUCCUCAUCUUUACAAAUAUUUUAACAUUAGUGUCAUUGGCCUAGAAAUUUUACAGGGAAGGUCUGGUACAAUUUUCAAUAAUUUCCUUAUUACAAAUGAUGAAAAAUAUGCUGAAGAUGCUGGAAAUGAAAUGUGGGGUGCUACAUACGAAAGAGAAUGGAACAGAAGAGAGAGACGAGAUGUAGUGUAUAAUAAAAUUAAUGAAAAGGAAGAACCAAAGGGAAAGGAAGACAAGAAAGAAAAGAAAAGAAAAGUCAGCGUAAAAGAUGAGCUGUAAUCAGCCAAAAUCUAUUGCAUAAUUACUGUCACUCAGUAUGUUUAUGCGCUAUCCUUUACUUUGGGAUGGAUUUUUUUCAAUGUCUAAAUACUGUACUUAUUUUCUAAAUAUAUGUUACUGAAACUCUGAAAUACAGUGACAAUAAAACCUCCUGAAAAUUUUU